CCUGACUCCUGUCUUCUCUCCCUUUCAUCUGUCUUUGCUCUUCGUCACUUCUUUCCUUUCUUCUUCUCUCUUGUCAUCAUGGACCGUGCGGUACAUCUGAUCGCGUGGGGUUUCACUGACAAGUGAUCUCUCCAUCUUCUUCUCGAGCUUCAUCUACAGCCUCAUUUCUGACUUCCUUUCUCUUCUCAUCCCUUGUCGUCUAUAAUCCAUUCAUUCCCUUCUCCUUCGCUCCUUCUUUAUCUCCCUUCCCCCUGUUGAUUCCAUUCCAUUCCAGAGUCUAUUGGCGUGUCUUGGUCGGUGACACAGCCCCAAUACCCCUGAUAUAUUAUAUAUAUUUAUUUAUAUAUACAACUCAUCCCGACUAGUCUGUCCAACGGAUGGCUGGUUGAUCCUCUUGCUGUCUGUCCCCUUCUAUUCUGGUUCUUGUUCGAUCGUCGUGCCGGGUGAUCUGCAGAUCGGUCGGGAUGAAUACACCCUGGGAAAACUCGGGCGAUAUCCUGCAAGGUAUCAUGGCCACUCGCAUCCCCCCAUCGCACACCCCCGUCGAUAACCCCCCCGACAAUUUGAUGACCCCGUCCGACCUCACCCUCGGUGAUCCGGCUUCCUUCUUGGGCUUCCAGUUUGCUUCUUCGUCCGCCUCCUCCGCAGCUCCCUCGUCAGACCCCGCCGUGCUCCCCCAUCGUCCAGCCUCCCUACUCAGCCCCUGGUGGCCCCAUCACUACCAACCGUCCUCCUCGUCGUCCUCGCCCUCGCGCGAUUACGCCCACUAUCAAUUCCCUCGCCGCGCCCACGACCAAGACGCCUGGAAUCCCCUCCAGGUGACAGGCGUGCCCACAAACGCCGCCGCCUUCCCCAUCCUCCCCUCGCGAACGACGGCCUAUUCGACAGACGGCCUAGCCCGGCGCUGCUCCACCGGCCAACGCAGCGACUUUUCGGAGAAUGGCAGUCACCUGAACGGCAUCCACCCGUCGGACUCGGGCUACAGCAGCCAGAGUUGCACCACCCGCUCGGUGACGUCCUACGCCAUCGACUCGGCCUGUAGCCCCUACCUGGGUCCCGCGGAGCAGGAACCCGAGGAGAAACCCGUUCUGGACUUGAACGUCGUGCCGCCUAGAGAUGCUCCCUUGAUUCGCAUGAAUCAUCUGGGUUCGCCGUCCUUUUUCUGCCAGGACACCAUUCGAUGUGAUUAUCCCGGGUGUACGUGGACGGGAAAGUGUCCGUCGGACAAGAGGAAACAUGAAGCCCGACACAAAAAGUCCUUCAAAUGCGACGAGCCCAACUGCUCUCGCAAAGAAGGCUUCGGAACCAUCAACGACCUCGCUCGCCACAAGAAGUGCGUUCACAAGCAGGAGCCAGAACGCGGUCCCAAGGUCCUCUACCUGUGUUUUGGCGAGGACUGCCCCCGACGGAAUAAGCGCUGGCCUCGUCUCGACAAUUUCCGUCAGCAUCUGGCUCGUAUGCAUCAUGAGGAAGAUGCUGAUGCGCUGUUGAAGAGGUCGCUCGACUGGUACGAGACCUGCGUGAAACCGCAAGAGCUGGCCCAAUCCCUGGCCGGACGCUUCGGAGACGACGCGUCGACGGUCCCUCCAACACAAUUGGACCCCGGAGACCAGCCGGGAGACCCAGACCCAAACCGCGGCGAUUCCUCCCCGGAGCAACAGGGCGUAUGUCCAGUGGAAGAAACCACCGAGUCCAGCGGAGAUUCAACCCCCACCCAACCGCCGCUGGCAGACCUCGAGCCAAUGGAACUGCCCGCCCUAAACGCCCUCCACCUAGGCACAAUGUCAGACCGCAAGAGUUCCAUCUCCUCCCAAGAGAGCGGCGUCCGAACGGAGCGGAUGGACGAUAUGAUCUCCGAAGCCGCCACCAACAUGAUCAACGCCAUGACCAAGAUCAUCAACAACGGCCACCGCCGCCGCAGCCACCAACCCGACGGCGAUAACGAACAGGACUCCUCUCCGCUGUCAGACCCCAAACGGGAGAUGCUGCAGCGGAUUUUGACGGUGGCGUUGGAUCGUCUGUCGGGGUCUGCCGGCAGCCGUCGUCCUAGUGCUGUUGACCCGGGGAAGAAGGAGUGGAUUCAGUGUGAGUUUUGCACGAAGCGGACGCGGUUACGGUGUGAGAUGAAAAAACACAAAAAACGCCACGAACGCCCCUACGGCUGCACCUUCCCCAACUGCCCCAAAACCUUCGGCAGCAAAGCCGACUGGAAGCGCCACGAGAAUUCCCAGCACUACCACCUCGAAAGCUGGCGCUGCCCACUACCGGACUGCUCCCCAGGGGGUCAGCCAUGCGCGCGCGUCUUCCACCGCCAAGAGAUAUACGCGCAACAUCUCAAGAAACACCACGCGUGUACCGACGAAACAGCCGUGCAGACGGCUAUUGCCCGAGACCGGAUGGGUCGUGAGGGCGGAAACCCCCAGUUCCAAGCUAUGACGCAGUUCUGGUGCGGGUUCUGUGGGGAUGUCGUCCCGUUGAGGAGUGAGGGGGGUAUUGGAGCGUGGAAUGAGAGGUUUAAUCAUAUUGAUAGAGAGCAUUUUCGGAGGGGGGAGAGGAUUGAGGAGUGGAGAUCGGUUGGGGGGGAGGGGGUACAUCAAGAGGGUAGUCAUGAGGACGAGGAGGAGGAGGAUGGUGAUGAAGAGGAGGAGGAUGAUGAAGAGGAUGGCAGUGAAAGCGACAGCGACAGCGAUGGGCACGACGACAACAUCAUGAUAGAUGAGGAGGGUCCGUCCAUGGCGCCGCCUCCGUCUCUUAAGCGCAAGCGGUGCCCUGCUUCUCCGGUGAAUGUGUGCCUAGGUGGGGAGGAGAAACGGGCCAAGAUGGCUGGUGGGGUGGAUUAUAUGCGGACGUCGGGGUUUGCAGUGCAUCCUCAUCCUCAUCCUCAUCCUGUAGGGGAUGUUUACCAGGGAUGACGUGACUUUCCUGAUGAAGAUGGAAGAGUGCAUGGGUAGACUCAAGCUGUUGCAGUGAAGAACCUAGACGAAGAACGCCCAAUGGAGGAUUCAAAAAAGAGAAAAAUAACUCUCCAUAUCAGAUAGAAUAU